CUCAAGUACUGUGUGGAGAAGGUUCUUACGGUAAGUAGUAGUGUGGUCCACGUGGGAGGAUCACUGGCAUGCGUCUCACGGACCCGGGGCACAGGUUCACGUUCACGCGUUCACGAUUUCGCUGACAUUUGGCAGCUGGCCGCAACCUUUUCUAUCAGCGUACACUGGCAACUGUCUGUGAGGCAUACUAUUAAUCCCAGCAGAUCUGUUCUCGUUGGAGCAUUCAGAGAUAUUACCUCACUUGUCUGGGCCCGGGGUCUUGACAAAUCCGAACCUAACGCGAACGACUGACACUGAAGCCUUAGAUCACUCCUGCCGACUGCCAUAGUCUUCCCUACCGUGCCCCCCGAUGUUUCAGCCGGACGAGAGUGUCGGCUCUUUGCCGGGGGACUGCGAAGCGAGGCCCACGUCUGCUGCUCAGGAUCAGUGCAAGGCAGGCCAGAAGGCUGGUGUUGCUACACGUCCGCGAGAACUUCCGAUCGAGGUCUGGGAACGCAUUAUCGACAUGGUGGCCGCAGAGAACAAGCAUCACGACUACAACAACUGGGAUUCGCAUCCUGGAUGGGCUACCCUCAUCUCCUGUACCCUAGUGUGUAGGGCAUGGUACCGACGCAGUUGGUUCCACCUCCACUGGCAGAUCUCGGUGCGCAGUCGCGAGCAAGCCGUCGCGCUGUCGAGGCUACUUCGUGCUGAGCCGCGGCUUCGCGAAGCGGUGCAGCGUGUUUCCAUUGCGGGAGGACUAGACCGAAACCAGGAACGUCUCCCGAUCCCUCAUCUGGCUACAUUCGCUGCAAUGCUCGCGCGCAAGUUGCCGAACGUCAAGGAGUUCGUCGUCAGGCAUGCCGAGUGGAGACUGACGGACGUCCGACCGCGUUCGGUGGCCUAUCUGAAUGAUUUCAGUUCCGUGUACUCUCUGAAGCUUGUCAACGUCACGUUCGCAUCUACGAUGCUCUUCGGCCGUCUCAUAUCUGCUUUCCCAGCUCUCACCUGGAUGCACUGCGUCGUCAUACGGUGCAUGCAAGAGGAGCCAGGGCCAACCGAUCCGCUACCGCCUUUGCCGCGGACGACUCGCGAACUGGCUGCUUUGUCGCUUUGCGAACCAAUCGAUCCAGCGAUCCAAUCAUUCCUCGUCAGGUGCGCCGAAGAAGAUGAAAUCAAGCUGCAAUUUCUCUGCUUGGAGAUGGACGUUCCUUCGCAGUUCACUCUAGCAUCGAAGAAGGGACAACAGCUUUUGGAUUCUAGUCGGGCGCACCUUCGUUCCUUCGUGCUGAGGAUGUAUAUGGAAGAUAUCCCCCCUGAAGCACAGAAGACGGCAUUGGAACCGAAUAUUAUUCUGGCCCGAGUGGUGAAAUUGGAACGACUAACCAUUGAAUGUUCAUGUCCCAUCAAUCCCGACUUUUCAUGGAUCUCCACGAUAGUCUCGACCAUCGUAUCAAAGGCCAUGCAUGAAGUGGACAUUGUGAUCAAUUUCCGCAAGAAGGGGGACACCUCACGCAGGCUAGAGAUUCUGCUGGCAAGACUCGAGCAGCACGCUGACCUCACUCUCCUGGACGAAGUUUUGGCGCGCGAACAAUUCGCGAACAUCAGACAGAAGGGCGUCGGCGUCUUCCUGGAAUUGUCGCCCGAGCUCUGUGCACUUGGAUCUACAGCUGCAGAUCAUCUGGAGGGACGGUGGCAAGAGCUGGUCAAGCGGAAGAUGCCACGUCUGACUGAGCAAGAGAUGCUGAGGGCGUUUGUGUGGUCCUGACACGGCGGAAAUCCCUAAGUACAUAUACUCAGCGUGUUGAUGCGAUGUACGUUGCAUCCAGAGAGCCCUUUGUAGAAGCCUGCAGUCCCCCUCGAUCGCGUUCGCUCCGCUCAUGGCUCCCGGGCCCGCAAUCACAAGGUUCUGCAUUACUUGAGCUGUCCCGUGCCAAUGAUCGCAACCUACAUCGAAGUCUCGAUGAAUGGGUCAGCAUGCCAACCGUUGUGCUGGUGUGCGGCGGAGCUAAGCUUGAUCGCUG